AAGGGGGGGACCCAGAGGCCGGCCAAGGCGCAGGAGCCGCGGAGCGCUUUGUUGUGCGAAACUCGUCGGACGAGUUGGGGUGUCGCUGCUGCUGCUGCUGCUGCUGCCGCUGCCGGCUCUGGCCAAUGGAACCUGAUCCACCCCGCUGUGCGUAAGAGCGCAAUUAAGGAUUUAACCAAGCCUCUCCGCUCCCGGCGAGCAGUCUGCCAGCAGCGCCGCCGCCACCGACAGCCCCAGCGAGCUCGCCGCCGCCGCCGCCUCCUCCGGGCCGUCCCUCCCCCCUCGCUCCCCCCACCCCCCCGCCAUGACUGCCUAGAAGCGUCCCAGCCGCCGCCUCCCAGCAGGGGUGUCGCGCAGAAGCGUCCCAGCCGCCGUCCGGUCCGCCUGCCAGGCUGCCUCUCUCCCAGCGCGCCCGCCGGCCGCCAUGCACCACCCGCCCCAGGAGUCGCCCACCCUGCCCGAGUCGUCGGCCACGGACCCCGACUACUACAGCUCCCCCGGCGGGCCCCCGCACGGCUACUGCUCGCCUUCCUCCUACGGCAAAGCGCUCAACCCCUACCAGUACCAGUACCACGGCAUGAACGGGGCCGCCGGCAGCUACCCGGCCAAAGCCUACGCGGACUACACCUACGCCAGCCCCUACCACCAGUACGGAGGCGCCUACCCCCGGGCGCAGAGCGCCGCGCAGCCAGAAAAAGAGGUGGCUGAGCCGGAGGUGCGAAUGGUGAACGGCAAACCAAAGAAAGUGCGCAAACCAAGGACUAUUUACUCCAGUUUUCAGCUGGCGGCCUUGCAAAGGAGGUUCCAGAAAACUCAGUAUUUAGCUCUGCCGGAAAGAGCCGAGCUGGCGGCGUCGUUGGGCCUGACCCAGACUCAGGUGAAAAUCUGGUUCCAGAACAAAAGGUCCAAGAUCAAGAAGAUCAUGAAGAACGGGGAGAUGCCCCCGGAGCACAGCCCCAGCGCCAGCGACCCCAUGGCCUGCAACUCCCCCCAGUCCCCCGCCGUGUGGGAACCGCAGGGCCCCGCCCGCUCGCUCAGCCACCAUCCGCACGGCCAUGGGGCCCCCUCCAACCCGUCGCCCGCCUCCGCCUACCUGGAGAACUCCUCCUCUUGGUACCCCAGCGGGAGCGCCCUCAACGGCCACCUGCAGCCCCACGGCUCCCUACAGCACCCCUUAGCCCUGGCCUCGGGGACCAUCUAUUGAACCGGCAGGAGCCGCCCUUCGACUGGCCUCCGGGCAGAAGCGUUUUGUGGAGAAAAGGAAAAGAAACGGAGACUUGCUUUUUUGUUUGUUUGCUUGUUUUGUUUUCUUUUUUUAAAAAAAAAAGGGAAAGCAAACUCCUCGUGAUGAAAUGUAUAAAGCUUUGUGCAUGUAACUUAUUGCAUUUCAAGGGAAACUUCCCCACCCAAAAACCACCCUACGGACUUCUGGGUUGUUUCAUCAGCUGUGGACACUUUCAAAGGUGCCUUGAAAUCUUAUGACCUCAACUUUUUUCCAGAGACUUUUUUUUUCAAUGUCAUUUUAACCCUGUAAAUAACUGUAGAUAGAGGAAUUAAACUGUAUAUUCUGAAUAAAUAAAAUUAUUUCCACCAUGAGAACAGGGGGGAAAAAACUGAA